AAUGGGGAUCUCCACGGUCAUCUUUGAAAUAUGUCUUUUAUGGGGUCAAAUUCUUGCUGCAGGUUCACAAACAAGCUAUCCAAUACCUGGGCAUGCCCAUCGCUGUCCUGAGGGCUCAUCUGUGUUCCCUGGUUUUUCCUUGAGUUUCAUCCUGACACAAAAAUGUGGAGUACAGCAGACUGGGAAGACUAUGAAGAAGGUGCUAUUUCAGGUCCAGGGUGGGGAACCACAUAAGACAGCACUGGAGGUCAGGGGAGGAAGGGGCACAAGGCGGUGCCAGUGCAGAACAGCAUGGAGCAGCUCCCGCUGUGUCAAUGCAGGUUUGCCUCUGAGGCUUGUGAAUGGCGGUGACCGGUGUCAGGGCCGGGUGGAGGUCCUCUACCAAGGCUACUGGGGCACCGUGUGUGACGACAGCUGGGACACCCAGGAUGCAGAUGUCGUCUGUCGGCAGCUCGGCUGUGGCCAUUCUGUAUCAGCACCUGGAGGGGCCCAAUUUGGUCAGGGCUCAGGGAACAUUCUCUUGGGAGCUGUGUACUGCUCAGGACAGGAACCGUACCUGUCCAGCUGUCAGCAUGAUGGCUGGUACAACCAUGACUGUGGCCACAGGGAAGACGCCGGAGUCGUGUGUUCAGGAACAACAGAGUCUGAUUUGGCUGUGAGGCUGGUGAAUGGAGGAGACAGGUGUCAGGGUCGCGUGGAGAUCUUGUACCAGGGUUCCUGGGGCACCGUGUGUGACGACAGCUGGGACACCAAUGAUGCCAAUGUGGUGUGCAGGCAGCUGGGCUGUGGCUGGGCCGUGUCUGCCCCUGGAAAUGCCCGGUUUGGACCGGGCUCUGGGCCCAUUGUCUUGGAUGAUGUGGCCUGCACAGGUCACGAGUACUAUCUGUCGAGCUGCUCCCACCGAGGAUGGCUCUCCCACAACUGUGGACACCAGGAGGACGCUGGAGUUAUCUGCUCAGCUUCUCAUUCAAGCUAUCCAACACCUGAUUAUCCAUACCAUGAUCCAACAGUGAAUGAUGUUAUCUAUGAGACUACAAGCAUGUACACAGAAGAGGUCACCACUCCAGAGCCGACUACCACUCCAGAGGCGCCCACCACUCUACCAAUAGGAACAGAAUUUGAUUUGUUUGUGAGGCUGGUGAAUGGAGGAGACAGGUGUCAGGGUCGCGUGGAGAUCUUGUACCAGGGUUCCUGGGGCACCGUGUGUGACGACAGCUGGGACAUCAAUGAUGCCAAUGUGGUGUGCAGGCAGCUAGGCUGUGGCUGGGCCGUGUCUGCCCCCGGAAAUGCUUGGUUUGGAUCAGGCUCUGGGCCUAUUGUCAUGGACGACGUGGCCUGCACAGGACACGAGUACCAUCUGGGGAGCUGCUCCCACCAAGGCUGGUUCUCCCACAACUGUGGACACCACGAGGACGCUGGAGUCAUCUGCUCAGAUUCUCAUUCAAGCUAUACACCACCUGUCUCUGAUUAUUGGCUACUCAUUGGAUUGCUGCUGAGUGGCGGUGACCGGUCAGGUUGGGUGGAAGUCCUGUACAAAGGCUACCGGUGCACUGUGCGUAAUGACAGCUGGGACAUCCAGGAUGCCGAUGUCAUCUGUUGGCAGAUGGGCUGUGGCCAUUCUGUAUCAGCACCUGGAGGGGCCCACUGUGUCCUCUCAGAGAACAUCCUCUUGGGAGCUUUUUACUGAUCUGGAUGGGAAACCCACCUGUCCAGCCGUCAGCAUAACGGGUGGUACAACCGUGACUGUGGCCACAGGGAAGACAUCGGAGUCAUCUUUCCAGGAACAGGGCUUGAUUUUCUUGUGAGGCUGGUGAAUGGAGGAGACAGGUGUCAGGGUCGCGUGGAGAUCUUGUACCAGGGUUCCUGGGGCACCGUGUGUGACGACAGCUGGGACAUCAAUGAUGCCAAUGUGGUGUGCAGGCAACUGGGCUGUGGCUGGGCCGUGUCUGCCCCCGGAAAUGCUUGGUUUGGAUCGGGUUCUGGGCCCAUUGUCCUGGAUAACGUGGCCUGCAGAGGUCAUGAGUACUAUCUGGCAAGCUGCUCCCACCAAGGCUGGUUCUCCCACAACUGUGGACACCAUGAGGACGCUGGAGUCAUCUGUUCAGGUUCCCAAUCAAGCUAUCCAACACCUGAUUAUCCAUACCAUGAUCCAACAGGGAAUGAUGAUUUAUACGAGACCACAAGCGGCACCACCGAAGUUGAUACAUCGCCAUACCCGACUAUUGCUGAUUGGUGGACUGACACUCCUCCCAGUGAAAACUAUACCUGCGGAGGUUUCCUGACCUGGCACUAUGGGACCAUUUCUAGUCCAUUCUAUCCCGGGAAUUAUCCGAACAAUGCCAGAUGUGUGUGGAACAUUUUGGUCCCAACCAACAACUACGUGUCUCUGAGCUUCACAGAUGUACAGUUGGAAGGAGGCUGCAGCUAUGACUACAUCCUGCUUUUUGAUGGCCCUGAAUACGAUUCUUCUCUCAUUGCCCGUGUUUGUAAUGGGGCCAGUGGAACUUACACCUCCACGCGGAACUUCAUGUCUGUAGUCUUCAUCACUGAUGUCAGCGUCACCUUGAGAGGGUUCCAGGCUAACUACGCCGCUGUCUAUGUCCCUUCCACCACUUGGUGGACCACAACAACUCCUUACUAUGAUUGGUGGAAUACAACAGAUUCUUCCCACGUAAAUGAGUCUUCAUUGGUGCUGAGGCUGGUAAACGGAGCAGACCGCUGUCAGGGUCGAGUGGAGAUCCUGUAUGAAGGCUCUUGGGGCACCGUGUGUGAUGACUUCUGGGACAUCAAUGAUGCCGCUGUGGUGUGCCGGCAGCUGGGCUGUGGCCCGGCUCUGUCUGCCCCAGGAAGCGCUCAGUUUGGUCAGGGCGCGGGGUCCAUACUUCUAGAUGAUGUGUCCUGCUCAGGGUAUGAGUCUCACCUGUGGCGCUGCCCUCACCCUGGCUGGCGUGUGCAUAACUGUGCACAUUCUGAAGACGCAGGAGUCAUCUGCUCACGUGAGUUGGGUGAACCUCUGCCGUCUUUUUCCUGGUGGCCAACAGCAGGGGCCAGCAGUACCGACCCCGAGAGCUCUGUCGGAGUAAGGCUUGUGGAAGGUUCUAACAGGUGUUCUGGCCGAGUGGAGGUGUAUUUUGAAGGCGUGUGGGGCACAGUGUGUGACGACCUGUGGGACGAGAAGGAAGCACAGGUCGUGUGCCAGCAGCUGGGCUGCGGGGUCGCCGUGUCCACCCAGGGAGAGGCCCCCUUCGGCCAGGGCUCUGGCCCCAUUCUUCUGGAUGAUGUGCAGUGCUCUGGGCCUGAGGUCUCCCUGGGCCAGUGUUCUCACGCUGGCUGGUUCAUCCACAACUGUGGGCACGAGGAAGACGUUGGCGUCGUCUGCUCCGACUGGCCACAGCUGCAGCUCGCCAAUGGGUCAGGAAGAUGCUCUGGGCGAGUAGAAGUUUUCUACCAUGGCCAGUGGGGCAGGGUUUGUGAUGACCAAUGGGACCUGCGUGAGGCCCACGUGGUGUGCCGACAGCUGAACUGUGGGCGUGCCCUCGAAGCCCCCGUCGAGGCACGGUUUGGUGAUGGCCCAGGCGAGUUUCUGCUGGAUGAGAUGGGCUGUACUGGGACUGAAAGCUUUUUGGGACAGUGCCCGCAUGCUGGCUGGCACCUACAUAACUGUGGUCCCGGAGAAGAUGCCAGUGUCAUCUGUGAAGGGAAUGGCCAGGAGCCACUGGUGGAGCCCCAAGGAUUGCUGGAUGGUGGGAAGUCUCCAAGUGUCCUGUCAGUUCCACCUGUGGUCGACUCAGUGCCCCUUAGUCGAAGGGUGCAGGUGCCCCGGCUCAGCCUCCAAGGUGCUGACAGUUCACCAGACAGCGCUCCAGGACUAGACCCCGAGUCAUACAAACCAUCAGGAGGCUGGCUCCCUGUGCGGCUGUCAGGCAACCCUGGGAGAUGUGCAGGCCGUGUAGAACUCUUCUACCAGGGAGUCUGGGGGACUGUGUGUGAUGACCUCUGGGAUCUGCCAGAAGCAAACAUCAUCUGCAGGCAACUAGGGUGUGGCUGGGCUAUCUCUGCUGUGAGCGAAGCUUACUUUGGGGAAGGUUCCGGGAAGAUUCUCCUUGACAACGUGCAUUGCAAGGGACACGAGGAUCACCUGGAGGAAUGCUCCCACAUUGGCUGGUUCUCCCACAACUGUGACCACACUGAAGAUGCUGGUGUCAUCUGUUCAGAAUCCUCAUUCGUUGUCAUGGAUGAAACCAUGGUUUCAGAAAGGUCUCGCUGUGGUGGUGUUAUUACCAAAGCACCUGGAAAAAUCAAGAACCCCCCAAUGAAUGAAAUGCAUGACAACAUAACCUGUGUGUGGGAAAUCAGGGCCAAUCCCUCUGAACGUAUAAGGCUGGCGUUCCCAUCUCUUGACCUUGACUGCACCAACGAAUAUUUUGAAAUCCUGGAUGGCCCUCCAUCUUCCACGGAGUCCCUGGGGAAACCUUGCAGUGGGUUCCAUAUGACCUUUGCCUCCCACUCCAGCUCAAUGACCCUUGUGUACUUCCGAGGCAUGAACAACAUCGGGAAAAAUUUCAUGGCUUAUUAUUAUUUUGAAACCAAAGCCAUCCCCACAGCAGCUUCCAAGAUGGUAACGGAAAGACCAAAACUCUCCAAUCCUGCACGGUCUACCAAGACUUCCAGUGGGAGUCUCUCACUUCUUCCCAAGCCUGACCCAGGGAACUGGCCAGAGCUGCGGCUGGUGGGUGGCUCCAAUCGGUGCUCAGGGCGUGUGGAGAUCCUCUACCAGGGAGUCUGGGGCACUGUGUGUGAUGACCUGUGGGACCUGAAUGAAGCUGAGGUCGUCUGCAGACAGCUGGGGUGUGGAAAGGGUGUGUCUGCCCUUGGCAAGGCCUACUUUGGCCCUGGUUCAGGAGAUAUUUUCCUAGACAACUUCCAGUGUGCUGGGAUGGAGCACUUCCUGGGCCAGUGUGCCCAUUCGGACUGGAGAGACCACAACUGUGGCCACCAUGAGGAUGCUGGUGUCAUCUGCUCAGAUGCUGAAAAACCUCUGUUGGAUGUUCCAGGAGACUGGCCAGAAGUUCGCUUGGUGGGUGGCUCCAGCCGGUGCUCAGGACGAGUGGAGGUUCUUCACCAGGGAGUCUGGGGCACUGUGUGUGAUGACUUGUGGGGUUCAAAUGAAGCUGAGGUUGUGUGCCGCCAGCUAGAGUGUGGUCAGGCUAUUUCUAGUCUCGGUGAGGCCUACUUUGGCCCAGGCUCAGGAGACAUCUUCCUGGACAACCUUCAGUGCUCUGGGAUGGAGCAUUACCUUGGCCAGUGUCCACAUUCAGGAUGGUCAGAACACAACUGUGGCCACCAUGAAGAUGCUGGUGUUAUUUGCUCAGGUCCUCCUCCAGCUUCUCGGGAUCCAACAACAGGAGGAAGCAACUCAUGUGGAGGGGUCAUUUCCAGUCUCUCUGGCUCAUUUUCCAGUCCAGGAUACCCAGAAAACUAUCCAACAGACAUACAAUGUGUUUGGGAGAUCCAUGUGGAGAAAAACUUACGCAUAGAACUCAUGAUUCCAAAUUUAAACCUGGAAGAUAUCCUUGGAUGUCCCUACGACUCAAUUGAGAUCUUCGACGGCCCCAGAAUUGCAUCACUCUCCAUGGGGAAGUUCUGUGCCCCGUCAGCUAUAGUGUUUUUCUCCUCCUCAGACAUCUUGACAGUGGUGUUCCGAAGUGAUUAUAUGACAACAAACACUGGCUUUUAUGCUUUUUUCAAUGCAAUUUCACAAGAUGGAAGGAGGUCAGAAGACAGACUGGUGCUGCGACUGGCAGGCAGCUCCGGACAGUGCUCGGGACGUGUGGAGGUCCUCCAUCAGGGGGCCUGGGGCACCGUGUGUGAUGACUUGUGGGACAUGAAUGAAGCUGAGGUCGUCUGCAGACAGCUGGGGUGUGGCCACGCCAUCGCUGCUCCUGGAAGUGCCUACUUUGGCCCAGGCUCGGGAAACAUCCUCCUGGACAACAUUCAGUGCUCAGGAAAGGAGAACCACUUUGGCCAGUGCCCCAGCUCUGCCUGGUUAGACCACAACUGUGGCCACCACGAAGACGCUGGCGUUAUCUGCUCAGAUGCAGCGGUGACUCCUCCACCCUCUGAAGGAAGUAGCUCCUGUGGAGGAGUCAUUUCAAGUCUCUCGGGAUCCUUCUCCAGUCCUUGGUACCCUACGAACUACCCCACUGACACGGAGUGCAUCUGGGAGAUACAUGUGGCUGAGAAGUUCAACAUAGAGCUCACAAUCCCCAGCCUGAAGCUAGAAGACAUUUAUGGGUGUCCUUAUGACUUUGUUGAAGUGUUCGAUGGAAAGCAAGUUGCCUCAUUGUCCAUGGGCAAAGUCUGUGCUGGGGCAGAACUCACUUUCCUCUCCUCCUCCAAUUCCAUGACAGUGGUGUUUAAAAGUGACGCCAUGAUCACCAACACAGGGUUCUAUGCUCUGUACAACACUGUUCACCAAGACGAAAGGCAGAACGGUCUGGCUUUGAGAUUGGUGAAUGGUAGCCACAGGUGCGAGGGCCGAGUAGAGAUCUCUUACAAUGGUACCUGGGGCACAGUGUGUGAUGACAGCUGGGACCUGACAGAUGCCAAGGUGGUAUGCCAGCAGCUUGGCUGUGGUGUGGCCAUGUCAGCACCAGCUGGGAGCUACUUUGAGGGAGGCAUGGGCCAUAUCAUGCUGGAUGAUGUGCAGUGCAUGGGGGAUGAAGCCAAGGUGUGGCACUGCACACAUCAUGGAUGGUUCUCCCACAACUGUGGGCACCAUGAGGAUGCCAGCGUGGUUUGCUCAGGUAUUGAUGACACACCAAGCAGAGGACCAGCAGACCCCUCCGGUGACAUCAUGACAGAUGAAAAUGUCCAAUGUGGUGGUUUGCUCACAAAUAGUUCAGGCUCCUUCUCCAGCCCUUGGUAUCCUAAAAAAUAUCCCAUCAAUGUACUGUGUGCCUGGGACAUACAAGUGGAUAGCAGCGCUCACAUCAGACUCACCUUUGAAGUGGUCAAGAUAGAAAACUUCUAUGGUUGCCCUUAUGACUUCAUUGAGAUUUUUGAUGGUCCACAAAGCGAAUCGUUUUCCCUGGGGAGAUUCUGUUCAGAAACCAUUCCAGUAUUUACCUCUUCUUCGAGCCACAUGAGCGUGGUGUUCCACAGUGAUGACAUUGUCACCAACAUAGGAUUCUAUGCAUCUUAUGAGUCUCUUUUGCAAGAUGAGAAAAACCCAGAUGUGGCACUCAGACUGGCCAAUGGCAGCCACCCAUGUGAAGGUCGUGUGGAGCUCUACUACAACAGCAGCUGGGGCACAGUGUGUGAUGACAGCUGGGACCUAAGAGAUGCCCAGGUGGUGUGCCAUCAGCUGGGCUGUGGAGGAGCCGUGGCAGCCACUGGCCGAGCACAUUUUGAGCGGGGCCUUGGUCCCAUUGUCCUGGAUGAUGUAGAAUGCAUGGGAACAGAAGCCAGACUGUGGCAAUGUCUGCACAGUGGCUGGUUUUCCCACAACUGUGGCCACCAUGAAGAUGCUGGUGUCAUCUGCUCAGCGUUGUUGGUAAAGCAGCCAGAGUUGUCCACAUCAACAGGUCUGGAUCUGAGGCUGGUGAACGGGACAAGAAGGUGCGAAGGCCGAGUGGAGGUGUACUAUGCCAACGCCUGGGGGACUGUGUGUGACGACAACUGGUCCAUAGAAGAUGCCCACGUGGUCUGCAGACAGCUCGGCUGUGGUCCAGCUUUAUCUGCCCUGCCAGGCACCAGUUUUAGCCCUGGGUCAGGCAGCAUUAUCCUUGAUGAUGUCAACUGCACAGGAAGGGAGUCUUCCCUGGCACAGUGCCCUCACAGUGACUGGCUCACCCACAACUGCGGGCACCAGGAAGAUGCUGGUGUCAUUUGCGCAGAUUCUGAAGCUGUCGGACAUCCAGCUACUUCAGCUCCUGAGGAACAUCCACACGGUUUCCAUCCAAUAGAUCUGAAGCUGGUGAGACUGGUCAAUGGGAGAAGCCAUUGUGAGGGCCGCGUAGAAGUCUACUUCAAUGGCACCUGGGGGUCUGUGUGUGAUGAUCUUUGGGGCAUACAGGCUGCCCAAGUGGUAUGUCAACAGUUGGGCUGUGGGGGGGCCCUGGCAGCCCCCAGGAGCAGCCUGUUUGGCGAUGGCUCUGGCCCCAUCUUCCUAGACGACGUGAGGUGCCUGGGGACAGAGACCAACCUAGGGUACUGCCGCCACCUCGGCCUGUCUGUGCACAACUGUGAUCACCAUGAGGAUGCAGGAGCCAUCUGUUCAGCUGGUGGUGUUGCCUCAGAUUUGGCAGAAGUGGCUCCCAUAGUUGGUCAGCUCAUGAUCAGGUUGGUGGACGGAAAGAACCGGUGUGAAGGGAGAGUGGAGGUCCUCCACAACGGCACAUGGGGCACUGUUUGUGAUGACCUUUGGGGAAUCGAGGAUGCCCAUGUGGUAUGCCGGCAGCUGAACUGUGGGAAGGGUCUCAGCGCCCUUGGGAAUGGCCACUUUGGAGAGGGCGUGGGGAGCAUCUUCCUGGAUGACGUGCAGUGCCAGGGCAGUGAGACCUCGCUAGGCCAAUGCCAACACCAAGGCUUGUCUGUCCACAACUGUGGCCACCAUGAGGACGCCAGUGUCAUCUGCUCAGCAUCAGCCACAGAGAUGACAACUUCACCCGUUCCUGCUUCAAGCCCAGCGGCAGCUUUAGUCCUUGCAACUGGCAUCACUCCCACUUCAGCAGAAGUAGCUCACCUGUCAUCACCUGACAGUCGCCUCUGCCCACCACACUGCACAGGCCCUUUGGCAACCGCUCCAGUUACGGCCAGUCCAGUUGACACAUCUUUGACCUCAGCAGAAUCAAGCCCUCCAAAUGAUGCAUCUCCAGUCUCAGCAGGAGAGGAGACACCCACCGAUGCAUCUUCAUCUUCCGAAGAAGAGGAAACAUCCUCAGAUGCUUCUUCAUCAUCGGGAGUGACUUCCUUGACCUCCUCUGACAUUUCUUCAACCUCAGCGGAAACAAGCGCUUCAAAUGAUGAAUCUUCAGCCUCCACGGACGAUGCCUCCUCUGAUACAUCUUUAACCUCAGCAGACGUAGCGAGUGGAGAGCCAACUGAUGUAUCUUCAGCCUCAGCAGAAGAUAACUCCUCUGGUAAUGUUAGUCACAGUUUUCAAGGCAAGUGUUGCACCUACGAAGACAUCUUCUCAUACCACGACACUAAGAUUACAACUCCCUAUUUUCUGGCUUUCUACACAGAUGCAUCUUCAGGCUCCGCAGAAGAUACCUCCUCUGAUAUGUCUUCAGCGUCAGCAGAAGGGAAGAGUGGAGAGGCAACUGAUGAAGCGUCAGCCUCAACAGAAGAGACCUCUUCAGACGCAUCUUCAGUCUCCGCAGAAGAUACCUCCUCUGCUACUUCUUCAGCCUCAGCGGAAUCCAGCUCUUCAAAUGAUAUGUCUUCAACCUCAGCAGAAGGGAGGAGUGAAGAGCCCAGUGAUGCGUCUUCCACCUCUGCAGAAGAGACAUCCUCUGAUACAUCAACCUCAGCAGAAUCCAGUUCUACAACUGAUCCAUCUUCAACCUCAGCAGAAGAGGCAAGCUCCUCUGAUACUUCUUCAGCCUCAGCAGAAGCAAGCUCUCCAAAUGACCCAGUUCCGACCCUGACAAAAGUGACUCCACCACCUGACCUGCCUCUGCGCCUGGUAGGCGGGCGAAACCGCUGUGAGGGCCGGGUGGAGGUGCGGCACCAGGGGGUGUGGGGAACCGUAUGCGAUGACCGCUGGAACAUCAAGAAUGCCCGAGUUGUAUGCCGUCUCCUGGGCUGUGGUCAUGCAGUGGGCGCCCCUGGCAGAAGCCGCUUUGGGGCAGGCACAGGCCCCAUCCUGAUGAAUGAAGUGCGCUGCUCCGGCCUGGAGGACUCUCUGGAGAGCUGUGCCCACGCUGGCUGGAUAAGGCACAACUGCCACCACCGUGAGGAUGCCAGUGUGGUCUGUGCAGGUCAAACUGACUCUCCUGUGCCCAAGGAUAAUGCUCAGCUGUCCUGUUUGCCUCACCUCUUCCAAGCCGUCAUUGACCGAGGUUAUCUCCGGAGAUUAGGCUACUCUUCCUGGGACAUCCAUUUAAAUGAUAGGAUGUGUCGCCCCCAAGUCACUGGGCGUUACCUCAUCUUCAAUAUUCCUUAUGGCCACUGUGGCACCAUCAGGCAGGAGCAUCAAGGCUCUCUCAGCUACUCCAACUCCAUCAGAGGCAGAACUCAAGGCCACCCUGGCCGAGUCAUCGUGAGGCACAAGGUGCCCCAGGUGAAGUUCACCUGCAAAGUGGACGGCCAGUCUGCCGUGGAAAUUGUGCAUGGGAGUGAUACUCAGAAGGACGGUGUCAGCUACGAUGUGUCGAUUUCAUUCCUCCAGUCGCCUGAAUCCCAGAAUAUGGGGGUUGGAGCUCCUUCCUAUACCCAUCAGAGGGAAGAGGUCUUCCUGCAGGCCACCCUCCACAGCCACAAUCCCAACCUUAGGCUCAUUGUGGACACCUGUGUGGCUUCUCCUGACCCCCGUGAUUUCACAACUGUCAAGUAUGAACUGAUUCAGGAAGGGUGCAUCAAAGACAAUUCCUACUCCAACCUCCAUACCUCUGGGAAGAACGUGGCCCAGUUCAAGUUCAAUGCCUUCAGCUUCCUCAAAAGCUACGAUGUGGUCUACCUGCAGUGUAAGGUUGCUGUCUGCCGAACCGGGGACCACUCUUCCCGAUGCUCACAAGGCUGUACGAGAAGGGGGAGGAGAGGCACAGGCUCUGCAGAGGCCAGCGAAGAAUCAGCUGAAUACAUCCAAACAGUGGGGCCACUGAAGAUCCACAGAGCAGGCCAUCAGAGCAAGGCCCCGGUGUAAUCUCUCUCGCUGUCAUACAAGUGUGUCGGAAAACUGGAAGCAAGGUCUGUUUCUUACCAGGAAGCACUGUUUGGUCACCCAGAAGCCAGACAUUGGCAGCACUCUAUCCAUUGAGAUGGGCAGGAGAAGCCAAGGGAUUUCUUCUCUGGGGUUUGUCACUAACCAAUCCUGAGCACUAACUUCUAAGGCAGUUUGUCUGUUUGUAGGCAAAAUAGGAAAAUAAAGAAUGCUGAUUCUGUUAUUCUUCACUCUCAAGACCUUGAUCAUUGUCUUCAAAUGUAUGAAACAUUAUAAAAAGCAGAGUUGUAUCUCUUUAUUCUGUGGGCAAUUAAGGAUUGUUUUUUAAAAUAUCUGUUACUUUUGGGAGCUGAUAGGUGAGUGGGCCUCUUUCUAUUCUUCUGGAAAUGUGAGAAUUCAUUUCCAGA